AUGGGUCUGUGUAGUUCGAGAAUUAAUAAGACCACUAGGAAUGAAACUGAGACAACAAGCGCCGCCAAUACCAAGGUGGAGAGACAAGGCUCCGGGGGGAUACGGAGGGAGAAAGUUUUAGUUAGCGGCGGCGAAAUCAAUGAGGCUGAGCAGUUGUUGGGUCGGCUUGUUGGUAAUGGUUCAAGUGAACUUGCUUGUCUUUAUACACAACAAGGCAGCAAAGGAACUAACCAAGACGCCAUGCUUGUCUGGGAGAAUUUCUGUUCGAGAAGGGAUACAGUGUUAUGUGGUGUAUUCGAUGGACAUGGUCCGUUUGGUCAUAUGGUAGCAAAGAGAGUCCGAGACAUGUUACCUUUCACUUUAUCAAACCAAUUGAAAAAGACUUCAGGGAUGGACUCCACGAGCGUCCUUGAGCCUACUACUUGCAUAGAUGAAGAGCAGUUGUGUGAGUUUAAGCCAAGUGAGAAAGACAACAAGCUACCACUUCCAGAAAUGUAUCUCCCACUGAAACGGGCCUUGCUCAAGACUUGUAAACAGAUGGAUAAAGAGUUAAAAAUGCAUCCAACCAUAAAUUGUUUCUGCAGUGGAACAACUUCUGUUACCGUGAUCAAACAGGGUAAGGAUCUGGUGGUGGGAAAUAUUGGUGACUCAAGGGCUGUUCUUGCAACAAGAGACGAUGACAAUGCUCUCAUCGCUGUACAAUUAACCAUAGACUUAAAACCUGAUUUACCAAGUGAAUCAGCAAGAAUCCAGAAAUGUAAAGGUAGAGUGUUUGCCUUACAAGAUGAGCCUGAGGUUGCACGUGUGUGGUUACCAAACAGUGAUUCACCUGGUCUAGCAAUGGCUCGAGCUUUUGGAGACUUCUGUCUUAAAGAUUACGGUCUAAUCUCUGUUCCUGAUAUCAACUACCACCGCCUCACUGAGAGAGAUCAGUUCAUUAUUCUAGCCACUGAUGGGGUCUGGGAUGUUUUAUCGAACAAAGAAGCUGUUGAUAUUGUGGCUUCAGCUCCUAGUCGAAACACUGCAGCACGUGCUUUAGUAUGCACAGCUGUUCGAGCUUGGAGACUCAAGUAUCCCACUUCCAAGAACGAUGACUGCGCUGUAGUAUGUCUCUUUCUUGAAGAUUCCUCUGCCGUGGAAGUUCCAGAAACUGUUAAUCAUUCACGCAAAGUGUCUAAAGAGAGUGUCACCAUCAUAUCAAGCAAAGAUGGUGAGAAGAAAGAAGAGGCUUUAACAGAGAUCGAUGAGAUUGUACCGGUUUUGGAGAUUAAGGAAGAAAAAACGUCUGCGAGUUGCAGGAAUGAGUCCAAGAAGAUUACACUUGCUGAAUGUAUAUCUGUCAAGGAUGAUGAAGAGUGGUCGGCGUUGGAAGGCUUGACUAGAGUCAACAGUCUCUUGAGCAUCCCUAGGUUCUUCUCUGGUGAGCUAAGAUCAGGUAGCUGGAAGAAAUGGUUGUGA